AAUAAUUUACUUAUAUCACGAUCAAAGCCAGUUUAAUUUGUGAGAAAACGUUCAAGGUCUUUGCUGUGUUCUUAAAAUUGGUACAAUACAAUCGGGAUUUUUUUUUUACUUGAAUGUAAUAAUAACGGAUGACGUUUGAAAUAGAGACAAAAAAUUAGUGAAAUAUUUAGCAUACCAGAAUAACUACGUGUGUUUGUGAAUAUAUUUAAUAAAUGUGAUGAGAAUAUUAUCAAGAAAUAUUGUAACAUAGAAAAAAGCAAAAAGGAAAGGAUAUAGUUGCACACGGAUAUUUAUUGUUUUAUUAAAACAGGAACGCGUGCUCAUUGGAUUAUAAACAAGGAUACGUCAGUCGGGUUUAAUAAAGUGUCUUAACAAAAAAAUAGUUAGCUGACCAUCUUUAAGAUACGCUGGUUCCGGAUUUCGGAUUUUUCUGAAUUUGAAACAAAGUGUUGAUAUGUUGUGAAGAUUUAUAUAUGAAAUCAAAAUGUGAGGCUGAUCAAACAAAAUGUCACAGCGACGAUUAACUUGCGUCAGAAUUUAUAAUACAUGUACUGUAUCAUAGUGAUAAAGUUUGAAUUUCAUCCUUUCAAAAUCUCAAGUAAAGUGUUUGUAAUAUAAUAAUUUCAUUGGAUUAUACACGGCAUUGGAAAUAAUCACUGGAUUGAAUGUGUGACUCGUGCUUAACUUCGUUAAGCGGCCGUUGGUCGCAUUCAUGUGGUCUAAAUAAGCAAUGAGCCCCGCUCUGACUGCAAGUGCUAGUUUACCAGCCACGACGCUAACUGGUCCCCAACCAGCACACGUGAACCCUACUUGGAAUAACCCACACCCCGAAGGCUGGAGGGAACUAGACGACAAUAGGAAGUUUUGUUUCCAGGCACGCCAUAAUUUAUUCUUGGAGAUGCAUAGUAAUGGGACAAGAGGUGUCAAAGACACUACGAAAUUUUGUGUACUUACCAUUCUUAUAAUGAACAUCACCGGGGUGAGGUUAAAUAAUGAUAGUAGCCAGCAACUUGGCAAGUGGUCUCAGAAUAGUAAUACUGGAAAAGAGUGGCGUGGUAAAGGUCAAUCAGCUCGUCACGUGAUAUUAGGGAACUCUACGGGUCUUUUUCUGUGUAUGAACGACCAAAGCGUGGUAUAUCAAACGCGGACUUUUAAUACUAACCACUGUGUGUUCGACCAUGAGUAUGAAAACUUUACAGACAGAUAUUAUCGUAAGCUUAAUAGUACAAUGCCAAAGUGGUAUUUAGGCAUGAAUAAAGAUGGAUCGAUGCGAUGUGGUAAUGUGACUAGAAAGCGACAGAAAGGUGCUAACUUUAUAAAAAUAUUCGUUGAAGGAAAUGACGUUAACAAAUCACCACCUUUUCAACCUUUGAAAAAGGAGUGUUGUACAAAAAAGUCGUGCAGAAAAAAGGGAUGUACGAGGAAGCGGCGCUGUUAUAAAAAUUGGUGUAAUAAGCAUAGAAGACGAUUCUUUACGUUAAAACUAAAGGAAUUAAGACGCUAUUAUAAAAGAUGUGUUAAAAAGGCAGAUAAAGUGAGGCAUUGCUCUAACAAAAGAAACAAAGGCAUUGAUAGAUGAUAGUGUUUGGUGCGCAUGCGCCGGAUUUUCAAAAUUUGAGAUUGCAUAUACAAGUGCUAUUUUUAGUACAGGAAGCGUAAUUGUGAUUUCAAAAAUAUUUAUUAGUGUGAAGGCGAUUGGUACAAGAUCGGGCUAAUAUCUGUACAAAUUUCAAUAAUUGUUCAGACAAGAGAUUUGCAAAUCUCCCGAAAAAAGUGCCAGUCGAGUCUAGGAAGGAAUAGAGGAGAGCUAAACAAUAAGGAUUUUAUUUGUAUUUUCAUUCAUUAAGUAUUUAUAUAUAUAUGAAGAAAUGUCUCGGUGUUAAUUUGUGUCUAGCAAAAGAACUAGAUUGCCAAAAAUGGGCAGAAGAACCAUAGGUGCUGUUGGUGACAUGGACACAAGAUGCUUAUAAAGUGGAAGACUGUCGUCAUAACUGUCACGUGUUAUUUAGAAACUGUAAAACACAAAGUGUGUUUUCUACGCAAAUUAUGCAUUCCUCGUUACACUCGUGUAUUUAUCUAUCAAGAUCUUCAGUCAGUGAUUUGCAUGUUUCUAAAUAAUUUGUAUUUUUGUUGCAUUUAUUUUCCCCAAGCAUUUUGAUAUUUUUAUUUUACAAGUAUAAAAACUUCAUCUCUUUAUAAAUCAAGCGGUAAACGGAGACGUCACAAAUUCCUGUUAAUGACAUAUAAAAUACUGCUCUUUGUUAUUUAUAUGGAUGAUGGUGGCUUAACCAGAUUUAAAAAAUAGUAGAAUUGAAAAAAAAAGAAGAAGAAAUCGAAACCAUCCACUGACUAAUUUAAGGCUUUGCCAUUAAUUCCAUAUGCUCGACGUCUUGGUUUAAAAGUAAAAUGCUACUAUAAAUGUACUUUAUUAUAAUAUAUUGAGUACCUACCUUUAAUCAAACGGACCAUUAUAGGGUAACGGUAUCUGUGAUUGACAGGGGGAGGUCUGUUCUUGUUGUAGAUAUAAUUUAUUGAGAGCCUCCCCCUAAAUUAAUUUCUUGAUGCUGAAGCGUCACGCUAGAAAACUAAAUUAUCGCCCCCUUUUAUAAUAAAGAUUGAACAAAACAUAAAAUAGCUGAAUUUGGAAAACAAGCUAUAUAUAUACAUGACAAUUAGAUUUAAUUAUAUUUUCGAAUACUUAAAGUAAUCAUCAGCAUUAAAUACCUCAGUGUAUAUACUCGCAUGACGUCGUUUUCUAAAUGGUGACGUCAUUAUUCUUUAAAAACAAAACCGUAACGGUGCGUUAUGUAUGUGACUAAAGAUGCAGUCAGUGUGUAAGAAUUGUUUGAAUGUUAAAUUCUGUUUGAUCUUAACUUAUUGUGCAAUACUUUUUUUAUUUACUGUCAUUUCAAAAACCUUCGUAUUCUUGCUGGAUCAACUGUAUACAUGUUUCCUCUUUUUUGUUUGUUUAACUUUUCAUUCAAAGCUACCAAAAACGUUUGCAUUUCCGCAAUUCAGUAAUCUUUUCGUUUUUCUCUAACUUACCGCUUCAACUCUUAAUACAUACAUUUUAGCAUUCUUUAUAUGAAAAUAAUUAUAGGAACAUUUUAAGUGUUUCCUUUCGUUUCAAAUAAUGCAUCUACAGCUUGUUUUGUUUUGUUGCGGAUUUUUGCUUCUUGCUUUCGUUUUUCGUUUUUCGCAUUUAUGCAUAUUUUCAAUAAGUGUGUCUUACAAGAAGCUCAGUCCGUCAACAAAAUCACCAUUUUAGUACUAGAAUAUUUUAUACUGUCAUGGACACAAAUGGGGGACCAAAACCAAAUGAAGAUCUUUUUUCUUCAAACUUUCGUCUUAGAACUCGAAUUUAUCUUGAUUUUGAUAAAAAAUCUUAACUAUCUAUGUUCAGAUCAUGUUUGUAAAUUUAUUCAUUGUAACAGAGUACCUUAUUUUGUUAACCCUAUAUUUUCUUAUUAUGAAAUCCCUGUAGUGUCCACUGUCAGUAUAUUGUACUGUUUCCUCUAACAGUAAGUCAGUAUUUACUACAAUAGUCUCCCGCUAUAAAUAUGUAUAGUUAAGUUUGUCAUUUUUCCCGACGAGUGCCAUUUUAAAUGUCUGUUUUUUGCAAGCUGAAUUUGUACCGAACACUCGUUACUAUAGUUACUUAAACAAUGUCACAUACAUUACAUUUAUCCUUAACGUAUAGAAACCAUGUCACACACGUUACAUUUUUAGUAGCAUCUCUUAAAAGGGCAGUGGCACAAUAUUUUCCUUCUUUGAAGCCAAGCUUAUACCAAAGGAUUAUUUAUGAUAAAUUGUUAAUAAACGUUUUGUAUAUUUUGUUAUCAUAUACAGAAAAGAGUGCAAACUUAAAAAAAAAGCUUGAGACCUCAACAGAUAUUAUGUUAACACUUAUCAUUAAAUAUUGUCAAUUAAACAUUUUAUAUUUACAAAUAUGACAUAAGUCUAUUUAUUAUUGUAAAUUUCAUCAAAAUGUUUGUUUUUGUUUGUUGAUGGUUUUUCUUUUUUUAUCAACAAAAGCAAAGGAAAAUUAUAUUUCUUUUCGCGUAUUGUUCUCUCAUUGUUCUGAAGUUAGCACUCUUUUCUGUACAUUGUUGUAAAUGUUUUACAUUCUUGUACAUACUUGAAUGGGCUAUAGUUCAUUCAAAUAAUAAAAUUUUAAAAAAUCUGA